UCGUCAUCUCCGCCUCGGAUCAUCUUCCGACUCCACUCGUGACUGAUAUUAUUAUUUUACCAACAGCCUCGGUGCUGAAGUGAAAACACCACAAGAGCGGGUUCUUGCGGUCGCAGAUGGGCCCGGGGGACCCACCAGAGGAAUCCAGACAUGUCUCCUCGGACGUAACUCGUUAGCUAAAACUGCUGCGGAAGACAAACCAUGUGGAGAGUCCAGGGCUUCGUUGGAAGAGUUCUGCAUCGAUGCCAUGGCAGCACCCCACUACGACUGCCCCAGAACCACCAUGUGGAGGACGAGGUCAUCAACAGCUCGACUGUCCUCUCCACCUCUCGACACUCUUCUGACAACAGUUCUCAGAAAGAGAAGGAUGGAGAGAGGAGGAAGAAACAGAAGACUUUUCAGUUUGGCUACGCUGAGCUUCCUCAUUACACAGUACUGGACGCUGUCGGAUGGGGCGCUGCAGCAGUUCUGUUUAUGCAGGUCUGCAGGAGGAUCCACUCUCAGUUCUCUUCAGGCACAGAGCCCAGUCCAACCCCUGGAGCUCUGAGAGCUCCCUCCUCGUUGCACAAAUGCGGCUACCGCAUCCUGCUGGAGAUCUUAUCCCGGCGUGAUGUCCUGCCCGGAGGAAGGAGGGUGUUGUGCCUGCAGGAGGUGCCAGAGAAACAGAGCCAAGAUCAGACCGCGGCUCAGAGCAGCAGCAGCAGUGAUGCAGAUGAUGCCGGUCUUCACAGCAGCAAUGAGCAUCUGACUGCUGACAGCUCCAUCUCUGACCACCAGAGGGCACUCCUUAACCAGGAUUCACCUGUACCCGAGGAAUCACUUCUGUCAGCAUCCCAUCCUCUGCAGAAUGAUGCCAACCAAGACAACACAGACACAAAAGCUGCUAAUGACAAGGACAUGCUGUCUGAUGAGGAGAGGCUGGCAGGAGCAACACUGAACCUCAGACACGCGGGAGAAAGCAGUGUCCCUGUUAUCCUCAACAUCAUCGGGCUAGAAAGCGCCAAGAAUAAGAACUACGAUGAAGCUUUUACCUGUUUUCUAGCUGGAGCUCAGCAGGGUUACAACAAAGCCCAGUUUAACGUUGGUGUGUGCUAUGAGAAAGGCAUAGGAGUCAGAAAGGACAGAGAGAAGGCUCUGCAUUACUACUGGCAGGCAGCAGUCGGUGGUCACACACAGGCUCAGUACCGAUAUGCAAAGCUGCUCCUGACCAGCAGGCGACAUCAGAGUUUAGAGGAGCUGAACACGGCCGUCGACCUGCUGGAACAGGCUGCUGCAGCUGGACACACCAAGUCUCAGGUCUGCCUUGCGUCGGUCUACUCCCAGGAGCCAGUGAGAGACUGGAGCAAGUCUGUCCGGUACCUAAAGAUGGCAGCAGAGAGCGGGGAUGAUACCGCCCUGCUGUUCCUUGGUCAGUGUUACGAGAGCGGCUUUGGGGUGCGGCAGAACCUGAGGACGGCGAUUGAAUUCUACAAACGAGCCGCUCACGCAGGCAACAAGCAGGCCAAGAGCUUACUGACGCCUCCUAAUGACACAGACAGAAAGGCAGAGGACACAGCGUUGCGUUCCAUCCGUUCAGCUCCCUGUUUCUCUGUAGCCAACCAUCAGCUCCAGCAGCCGCUGUCCUCUGUGGCCAGUCGUGUCCCUCGCUCCACCAGUCAUCCAACCGCCUUUCCCCUCCUGCCCCACUCCUGGAGCACCGGGACCCUUUGCAGGCCUCCGCUGCUGUCCUCCAUGCCUCUUCACCUUCAUCCCCACAGCACGGAGGGAGGAACCUGCCAAUGGACCGUGGGGAUUGGAUAGUUAUCCUGAGCCAGCACAGGCCAAACUAAGGAAUGUAUUUCACAGUGUGAAUGUUUGUUUUUCACUAAAGGAGAAAGGUCAGAGUGUGUUAGGUUUGUACAUAUUGUGAAGUCUGGAAUAGCGUGAAUAGAUUUUAUACUUGGUCAAGUUUGUGAGUGUACAUUUUAAUAUAUUGGUGUUGGAUAUGAGGUCUGACAAUAUUCAUGUGCAGAAUGAGAUAUGUGGGCAUUUCUAUUAUGUGUUUCUGUAUAGAACAGUGUUUUGUUUUCUUUUUGUUUUUUUUAUAAGCUUACCUGUAAUAUUAGUUCUGAUGUGCGUCUGAAAAUAUGAUCUAGGUGCCUUGGGGUGAGUUGAGAAUCUCUGGUGGUUACUGGUUUCUCUCUCCACUAAAAAAAAAGAAAAAGAAAAAAAAUUAUAAUUAUAUAUAAUAAUUUUGUGUCCUGAAAAAAGUAUUGCUGAGUUUGCACUACUGAAACAAAGUGCUUUACAUUAGUGUCAUAUUUUAACCUUCAACGAGACAGCUAUAAAUCAAAAGAAAGGAAAUUAGGGCAUGAGCUUUGAUAAUGUGUCCAGCCUGUCAACCGUACAACUGCCAAAGUGAAUUAUGAUGCACUGUGAGGAAGAUGUUCUUCUGUUAAACGCACAUGUUGAGUAAUAGUAAUAAAACAUAAUCA